AUGACAACACCCGCAGCUCAAAACAGUGAUGCUCAGGUUACCUAUGAAGACCAGCAAAAGAUCAACAUGUUUGCACGAACCAAUGCCCGUCUUAUGGAAUUUAAAGAAGAGUUAGCAGCCAAAGAGAAAGAGCUAGAGAAUUUAAAAGUUGCUGAGGAAGAGUUAAUGCUGGCUGAGGGGGAUGCUCAGGUUAUUCCAUAUCAGAUUGGGGAAGUUUUGGUAGAAAUGAAUGCUGAAGAUGCUCAGUCUGCCCUAGAAAAAGCCAAGGAACUGUGCUUAGAAGAGAUCGCGGCUCUGAAACAGAAGGCUGAAAACCACAAGGAAACACUGAAUGACCUAAAGACAGCACUUUAUGCUAAAUUUGGCACAAACAUCAACCUAGACAUGAGAGUUAAAUUAGGUCAAGAAAUGAUCAUCAUCACCAUAAUCACCAUCUGCACCUACUUGGACAAAUCCAACAUUAUCCUGCCGUGCCCACACUCACAAAACUAUAGUGCCAAAUCUUCAUCUGGGCAGUCAACCCUCAAGUACCAGUGGACAGUAUUUGGUCAUACAACUAAAGAAUAA